GGCUGUAAAAACAGAAAAAGUAAAAUCAAAAACACAAAAUGGAAAGAAAAUGACCAUUUUUACUAUUAGUUAUAAACCUGUAAACAAGAUAGACAUAUGUUACAGAGGAUUUCAGUUGAUUAGAACUAAAAAUUGCUGAAGAUAACAAUCAGAUGAUAUCUAAAGAAUAACUAGAGGAUUGCUCAAGGUAACAACCAGAGGAUUCCAAAGAUAAAAUACGGAGAAUUGUGAAUGUGAGAUACACAAACAUAAACAAUGAAGAACUUGAGAGUUGUGCAGAGCUUAUCUAUAAAACAUCUGACAUUGUGUGGAAUUCAUGAUUUUACAGUUGACUUUGAUACAGGAAUAGUGUAUUGUGGAAAUAGACAUGGAAUUGUUGGCCUUGAUCCCAGUAGUAGGGAGAUUGUUUCCUCAGUCAGCCUAGUAGAACAUGGAUAUCUACCAGCAGAUGUCACUAGUGGUAAAACAAUUGUUGGCAUCGAGCAUCUACCUGACCAGAUGUCUGUUUGCGUUGCUACAGUAAUGGGUGACCUAAUUCUAUGGAACACUAGUACAUCAGAGGUAGAAUGUGUUGGAAGUGUAGAGUCUGGAUUUACUUCAAUGGCAUGGAGUCCUGACCAGGAGCUUGUUGUCUUAGCAACAGGACAGAAGACUCUUAUCAUGAUGACAAGAGAAUUUGAACCAAUCAUAGAAACUCCAUUUGAACCAAGCAGCUUUGGGGAUGCACAGUUUGUUAAUGUUGGGUGGGGCAAAAAGGAAACUCAGUUCCAUGGAUCAGAAGGCAAGUCUGCUGCGACCAAAACAAAAAUGGCAGUGUCAGCAGCUCUAGACUGGGACAGUGGUCUGCCAAUUGUAAGUUGGAGGGGAGAUGGCCAAUACUUUGCUGUCAGCUCUAUAAACUCACAAACAGGGGGCCGAGAGAUAAGAGUGUGGAGUAGGGAGUGCAUAUUGUAUUCCACCAGUGAACCUGUCAAUGGCCUUGAACCUUCGCUAUGUUGGAAGCCCUCUGGUAGUGUCAUCACCUCUGGCCAACGCCUCACAAACCAACAGGAGCUUAUUGUGUUCUUUGAGAAAAAUGGACUGCAACAUGGAGAAUUGAAGCUUCCUUUUGCCCCAGGCACAACUAAGCUGAGAGAGAUUACCUGGAACAAUGACUCUACAGUGCUAUGUCUCUGGCUUGAGGAACUGCCACCACCAGAGCAGCAGCAAACACAGUGGAAGCCCAAGUCAUAUAUUCAACUUUGGUGUGUAAACAACUACCAUUGGUACUUGAAGCAGAGCCUUGACUUCAGUAGUGAGCAGAGUGUCAGAUGUGUUAAGUGGGAUGCAGAACAUUCUAAAAGGUUACAUGUUGCUACAGAAGGUGCCAGAUAUCUGCAGUACACAUUUGCUUGGUGUGUAAAUGAUACAAGAGAUCAGGCUUUAGUUGCAGUCAUAGAUGGGGAUCAACUUCUACUGACACCAUUUGAAUCAUUGGUAGUCCCACCCCCUAUGGCUGCAGUUACAAUUAGGUGUCAAUCAGCUGUCAAUCAAGUCAUCUUUGCUCCACCCCCUUUAUGUAGCAUAGCAGUUCUAUUGGCUGAUGGAUGUAUAGAAUUGUAUACUCCUGAAAAAGAGGAUUCGUCAGAGGCUGUUGACAUGACUAUAUGUGGAAACAUUCCGGAAGAUGUUAAACUACCUCAAUUUAGGACAACAGCUAAACUUUGUAUGAAUGGCAGUAGUAGAUACCCUCAAAAGGAGACAAACUUCAUAUGGCUUGACACAGACUUUCUGGUAUGUGCCCACACAGAACCUAUUGAAGAUGACGGGUCAGGAGGGACACCAGGGGGCAGCACAAGUUCACUCACAGUAUUGCAGCUUGACAGGACCACCAAACAGUGGAACAGCAGAUGUGCAGUAGCAGUAGAGGAGGGUUGUGUGAUGAGUAUGUGUCACUCCAGUAUGAAGCAGCUGUUGGUACAACUCAACAAUGGGACUCUCUUAGACUUCCACUAUGACACUGACCUAGAGGUUGGUAGUGUUGUUCCUCAUCUGGAUGAUUCUGGGUUGGAGGUGGUCUUCCCACAACCAUGUAUUCAUAUGGCUGUCUGUACACUUGGUGGUCAGGAUGUUGUAGUUGGUCUUACAGAGAGGUACAGGUUCUAUGUUAAUGAUAUUGAGAUUGCCACAAAUUGUACAUCAUUUGCAGUUCAUGAUGAUUAUUUACUUCUCACAACACAUGCGCAUACAUGUAGAUGUAUAUGUAGAAAGACAAAAUUAGCAGUUCUUCCCCAGCUUUCUGAUGGGAAAUCUCAUCCAUUUGAUGAGAGUAUACGUAGAAUUGAACGUGGAGCUAGAAUCGUGACAGUUGUCAGGGAUGAAACUAAGGUUGUCUUACAGCUACCCCGGGGCAAUCUUGAGACAAUCCACCCCAGGGCACUUAUAUUAUCUGCUAUUAGACGACACAUAGAUAAAUUGCAGUUUAAGAAGGCUUUCACUACAAUGAAGAAACAUCGGAUCAACUUGAAUCUUCUUUUUGACCAUAAUCCUGAGGUGUUCCUGGAUAAUGUAGCUGAGUUUAUUGAACAGAUUGCGGACAUCACUGAUAUAAAUCUCUUCCUCACUGAUCUACAAGAGGAGGAUGUCACUGUGACAAUGUACACAGCAGCAUAUGAGGAGCGUUCUCCCUUGAAGAAGAACCUCUCAAACAAGAAAGAUAUUGCGUGUGAUGCAAUCAGGAAAGUUCUGGAAGAAAAAGAUGCUGACAAGUAUCUGUUGUGCAUCUUGACUGCACAUGUCCGCAAGACUAAACCUGAAUUAGAGGUGGCACUGAAGAAAAUAAAAGAACUUCGAGAUGAGAAAGGCACAGGAGUUGUCAGCCCAGAAGAAGCCCUCAAGUACCUGCUGUUCCUAGUAGAUGUCAAUGAAAUGUACCUUGUUGCCCUGGGGACCUACGACUUUGAUCUAGUUAUUAUGGUGGCAGAGAAAUCUCAAAAGGAUCCAAAAGAAUACCUGCCAUUCUUGAACAAGCUGCGAGCGAUGGAGUCUCGCUAUAUGCGUUACAGCAUAGACAUGCACCUGAAGCGCUACCCAGAGGCUUUGCAACACUUAGUAGAAUGUGGAGAGGAGAGGUUCACGGAAUGUAUGAGCCUCAUCACUGAGAGGAAGCUAUUUAAAGAAGCCUUGAAGUACUAUCCUGUGGCUUCUCAUCAGUAUAAGGAGAUCUCCUAUGCAUUUGGGGAUCACUUGAAGCAGGAAAAAUGCCACGAGGAAGCUGCAAUAUACUUCUACAAGGCAGAGCAGUAUGACAGUGCAAUAGCUUCAAAUGAGAAAUGUUUGAAUUGGCAAGCCAUACUUUGUAUUAUGGCUGAGGCCAAUUACAGCGAAAAGGAAAUUGUGGAAGAAAGUAGGAAACUGGCAGAGCAACUUAAGGAUGCAAAACGUAUGGAUGAGGCGGCCAUUUUGUUUGAACAAUAUGCAGGUGACUGUGAAGAAGCAAUUGAAACACUCAUCUCUGGUCACCAUUGGGCUGAUGCCUUACGUUUGAUCUACAAGCACAACAGGAGAGACUUCUUAGAGACCAGCUUCAAGCCAGGUCUACAAGAAGCAUAUGAGAGCCUCUCAAUCACACUGCAAGAAACAUGUGCUCUCUUCAAGAAAUAUACCACAAGGCUGGAGGUGGUACGUGCUGAGAAAGAGAAGAACAGAUUGGAAAUGAUAGAGAGUGGUGUAUACAUGCAGGAGGGAGGUGAUCUAUACUCAGAUGCUAGCAGUGCCACAGGAGAGAGCAUUCAAUCAUCCAGAUACACAACAGACUCUCAAAGAUCUUCCAGCUCUAAAAUGUCAGGCAAAUCUUCUAAAAACCGUCGUAAGACAGAACGUAAGAAGUGGAGCUUGAAAGAGGGAAGUCGUCAUGAAGAUCUGGCAUUGAUAGAUGCUCUUGCCACCAUCAUCUCGAGGACUGAGCAACAGAAAGAUGAAAUUGGGCCACUAUUGAAAACACUGGUUCAAUUCCACCAUGAAGACAAGGCUGCCAAGCUACAGCAAGACUUUCAGGAACUCAUUAAGUUAGUGGAAUCAAGUAUAGCAGAUAUUUGGAGUCCACAAGAAAAAGAUGACCAACCGAUAAUAAGUCUGGGGCCUGAUGCCACUGCCAACAGUAUAGUGAGAUCCAUGCAGUCCAAAGCAGGACCUGACACAGACAAGACAACUCAACUAGAUGCAGUGUUCAGAAUACCUCCAGUGAUAAAUAAAACAAAGAAAUGGAAACUCACAGUGCUUGGACAGUAAUCGUGAUGUAAACCAUUUCAAAAAGGAUUGAGAUAAAGUUUCAUUGUAUGAGAUUUAUGAUAUAAAGUUAUACAAUAAAAAGCAACCAAAAAUACAGUCAGUUCUACACAAAUCUUUGCUUCUCAUGCAACACAGCAAUGAUAUCAAAUUAUACGGAAGUUGGCCACUUUUGUUGUAGGAGCAUGUUGUUACGUCCAGGGAUGUAUUUGACCAGAUUAAUUGCCCCAGGGUGAGGAAAUUUGCCGUAAUAUUUACCCCUUCCUCUUUUGGAAACGAAAUUCUAGUUGCUUUUAGUAGUUCAUAUUGCUUUUAUGUGACUAUGCAAAAUUAUUUCUUUUUCCACCACUUAUAUGAAUAUACUAAGUGACCAAAAAAUGCUACCCUCUUAUUUUGGAAUAACUCUCAAAUAUGUUCGAAUCUUUAUGAUUUUUUGG